AUGUUCCUGGUAGGCCUGACAGGGGGCAUUGCCUCAGGCAAAAGCUCGGUGAUCCAGGUGUUCCAGCAGCUGGGUUGUGCGGUGAUUGAUGUGGACGUCAUUGCCCGGCAUGUCGUCCAGCCAGGGUACCCCGCCCACCGGCGUAUCGUGGAGGCCUUCGGCACUGAGGUCUUGCUGGAGAAUGGCGACAUCGAUCGAAAGGUCCUGGGGGACCUGAUCUUUAACCAGCCCGAGCGGCGGCACCUGCUCAACUCCAUCACCCACCCCGAGAUCUGCAAGGAAAUGAUGAAGGAGACCUUCAAGUUCUUUCUCCGGGGAUACCGCUACGUGAUUCUGGAUAUCCCCCUGCUGUUUGAGACCAAGAAACUGCUCAAGUACAUGAAGCACACAGUGGUGGUAUACUGUGACCGAGACACGCAGCUGGCCCGGCUGAUGCAGCGGAACAACCUGCACCGCGAUGACGCAGAGGCCCGGAUCGAGGCCCAGCUGCCCCUGAAGGACAAGGCCCGCGUGGCCCGCCACGUUCUAGACAACUCGGGCGAGUGGAGCGUCACCAAACGCCAGGUGGUCCUCCUGCACGCCGAGCUGGAGCGCUCCCUGGAGUACCUGCCACUGCGGCUCGGGGUCCUCGCGGGGCUGGCCGGCAUCGCCAGUCUCCUCUACCUGCUCACCCGCUACCUCCUGCCUUCCCCCUAG